GUAUCACAAUUUUCUCCUUCCACGAAGCUGCACGUUAGUUACCCCUGAGGCUCUUCUCAGCAACCCAGAAAGAAGAGGCUGUGCUAUAGCAGUCGCUGUAUCAAACAUCCACCCGACAUGGCUAAGUCGACGCCUGGCUCUGAGAAGAUGCCAUCUCGAUCUGUCUCGCCUCCAGGUACUGCAACGCCCGCUGCCACAAGCGCGACCAUCGAGUUUGACCCGGCUGGAGACCUUUAUCUGAUCGUCGGCCCCUCGUCUCAAGAAAUGCGCGUCGACUCUCGAGCGCUUUGUCGAUCGUCUGCAGUCUUCCGUAAAAUGCUCAGCGAAACGUUCGCAGAAGCCAAGCCCGAAAAGGGAAAAUGGCUGGUCAGGCUGCCCGAAGAUAACGUGCACCCAUUCGCACUGCUCAUGGACAUUGUGCAUAGUGUUUACGAACGGGCCACACCCAAAAUGGCGGCGUCUCAUCUGUACCAGCUUUGCAUCUUAACCAACAAAUACGAUAUGGCGCAAGCUUUGCGGCCCAUGGCAUCAAAGUGGCUUGCUCCCUAUUCUUCCCCUCAAAUUUUACGGGAACCCAAGGGAUUCAGCAUCACAAAUAUGAUGUUUAUUGCAUGGGAAAUGGGUCACUGCGUAAUAUUCGAGGCCCUAGCGAAGGUUGUCGCCUGGCGGUACAACUCCAACCUUAACAACGACCUCGUCUAUCCAAAUGGCACUCUCCUGGAAGAUACUUGUCGCUUUAGCUCGCAUGGAACUCUAGAACACAUCACAAAGUAUCGUCAGGAUGUCCUCGCGGUCGUUCGCAAAAGCUGCCAUGACACUAUCCGAAAACUACUUGCAAAGGAACGAGCAUCGACGUUUUGUGUUCGAAACAGAUGUACCCUUAGAGCAGGAACAAUAAAUGACGCUGCUGUUCUAGGCGAUAUCCUCCAGCGAAGCCAAGAACUCGGCAUCAUCGAGUUCUUCGAUCACAAGGAAGGGUCUCCUGAAUUCACUGGAAACUUGACCGAUCUAAAGCACAAGCUCAAUACCAUUCGAGAUUCGAACGUUAGCUGUAGCUGCGGCGGUCCAGUUGCCUCAAUAUUGGCAUCUAUGACGCGAGAAUCCGAUGCCAAACACCUCCUUGUGGUAAAAGAUUGGCACAAGAAGCACCUGAGCAUCCAGGCUGCAAAGACCAAGGUACUGGUGUAGGCAUUAAAUCCCCGUGAAAGAUGAUGUCCCCAAGUUUCUUCGGAUGGGCCACGCAUGUUGCUGUGGGCGGAUAACGGGAGAACAAGACUGGUUGAGAUCAUGACUCACGGAGGCACACAUGAGGGGAGCCAGGCUACGAGCACGUCUCACGUUUGAUGUACAUUAUCCAAUUCGACCCAGAAAUGUAAAGAUGCUCAACUCUGUCAAAU